CCUUACGAAUUAGUGAUGGGACAGAGAGCAGCUAGCCAGGCCACGGUGUUUGACAGCCAUGGGAAUGAGCUGUCUGGAGAGAGGGCCACAUCCACUGCCUUCAGCGGAGAGGUCUCCAUGGACAGUGGUUCUCUGUUGAUGUCGGAGAUCAUUGACAUCCCAGACGACACCUCACCUUCUGAGGACUCCGGCCUCGUGGGGAUGAAGGCUAGGGGGGAGAGAGCGAGCACCGGGGGAGUGGAGGGGGGAGAUGGGGGAGAAGGAGGGGAGUAUGUGAGCUUCCGUGGCCCCCCUCCCCAACCCCCGGAGAGUCCCCUGGUAGAGAGUCCCCUGGUGGGCCCCAGGGCCAGGCGAUGCUACAGAGGAGAGAGGUCCAACUCCUGCUCCUCAUCUAGCACUGCUACAGCUACAUACAGGUCUCCAGUGUUGAGGCGACAGGCUAUGUUGGCCAGUAGUUGUUCCCAGUUGGAGCUGCUAGGGGGCGCCACCUCUCGCCAGCGCUCCUCUAUCCUAGAGAAACGAGUCAGGCCUUGCACCCCUUUACGACGCGGUUCUGCCUCUGCCCCUGCCUCUGCAGCUCCUCCCACUUCCUCAUCCUCAGCUGUCAAUCAGCAGGGUGGUCACGGCAACGGCGUACCCCUCCCCCUACAGCCGUUGUACUUGCGUCGUCAGGGCGGAAGGAGCGAGAGGGGGGAUAGUGACGGGCUUCUGCCCCUAGUGAGGUCACACAGCGAGCCUGGCCUCAGCUCUUCUGCUGAUACAGUUGACUUCAGUGGUGGCUCAGUGGGCAGUAAAGGAGUGAGGGAGGGCUCUCAGACCUCUACAGACACAGGUCCGUCCUCCGAGGCAUGCCUGCUACCCCGCUCCUCUCUGGUGCCCCCCUCAGCCCUCCUCCCCAGGAAGGGCAGUGUGAAGGCAGCCACCAUGGGGCGCACCUUGCCCCCCUCCAAAGGCCCUGCCAACUCUCCCUUGCACCUGCCCAAAGAAUGCAACCGCUCUCUUGGGGACCUCAAGGUGACAAGGGGGUUGGUGGCUCGCUUCCUGCAGCGCUCCAAACGGAACCUGGCGUCCGCCGCAGAGAAUUCUGGGAACAUGGGACAGGGUCAGAAAAGGAGAGGCGGGGUGGAGGGCAACGGGACAGGCCAUCUCCCUUUAGAGCAGGUGUUACGUAACUCCUGGGGGCCAGCCAGGGAUCCCACCCGCCACACCCUCAUCACCGUGGUCACCACCACUCCCAUAGCGACAGCCGCCACAACCGCCGUCAUAGCAACCAACCCCCUGUGA